AUGCGCGAUACUGCAGGGCGCUCACACCCUCCUACAGAGAGAGGCAGCCAGACGUCUUUAUUAUUCAACGCUCUGCAGACUCGCCUUCUCGCAAUAUGCUCUCCGUUGGCAGCAUCGAAGCAUAUCCACAGCCCCGAUCUCGUCUUGCAUCUAAGGAUGGCAGCCAUCGUCACAGCCUUGAUCUCGAGCACGAUCACCACUCUCGAGGAAGUCAUUCAUCAUCACAACGAUAUCAAAGAUGACAAUGGCCUCCCGGAGGCUUUCCAUGAAGCGGGUCGAGGGCUGCUGCUUGUCAACCAGGCUCUCCAAGCUGCCCAACGCAACUCAGCCAAAGAGCCUCAAAGCGCCAUGAGCCCCGUGUGGGCGUGCAACACCAAAGCAAACAGCUCCGCGAGCAUAUUUAAGGCCGUCGCUAAGGCACCGGAGACUUGGAGGUUCAAGGUUUACGAAGCCGCCGUGAGACAAGAGGGCAAUGGACAGACGGUGGAGGUCUUGGUGGUGGGGAUGAUGAAUGACGUAUGUGCCCUGGCCGAGAACUUUGCGAUCCAAGAUCAGGUUAAGGGAUUGCGCGAAGCGAUCGAGAAGAUGGAACCAUCGUUGCCAAAGGAGGGGUUGGGCGAUACUUUUACGCACUAUGGCUCUGGCGACAUGCUCAACGCUCCUGGCGGUACCGUGAACAAGAGCACAGGUAGUGGCAACCAUUUCCCUGGGGCUACUUUCUCUGGGUCUGUGAGUUUUGGCAACAAUCCGACUUGA